AUGAUUGGCCUUGUGGGAAUUCCCCUGCCUCCUGUUGUGCAGGCGUGGACUCAAGAUUUCCAAUGGAGUAUGGGUAUCAUCGAUGUCGCUUUUAUGCAACACAUCUUCACCUGGUAUCAGCGCUCAACGGGAGGUACAGCCUCUACAUUGAUCACUCAGGCUGAUUAUUUUUCGACUGUGUCCGUAGAGGUACAAAAGCGCGCAGUUGAUCUCUUCGACCGCGGGACAGCAAUGAUUCCCCAUAGCAUGGUGGAGCACGGUUCCAAACUCAUGAAGCGAGCUAAUGUCAUGACCUCAUAUGGGAGUUACAUCGUGUACGGCAUCCAGCGCGUGGCUUUUAAAGCAGACAUUGAAACCACAAAUCUAUUCUUGACAGCAAUCGUCUUCUUCUACCUUGUCAUGGUUGUAACCACCUUGUGUGUGGUCGCUUUCAAAGGAAUAUGCGAACUGGCUGCGAAGCAGAAGUGGAUGAAGGGUGACACUUUUCUAGAGUUCCGCAAUGGUUGGCGUACCGUACUCAAAGGCAUCCUCUUCCGAAUGGCUCUCAUUGGACAUCCUCCAGUAACAAUCCUUUGCCUCUGGGAAUUUACUCAGAAUGACUCUCCUGCACUGAUGGUCAUAGCCGUGUUCUUCCUCCUCCUUGUCAAUGGAGUGCUCGCUUGGGCAGCUUACAAGGUCGUCCGAAUUGCGCACCGUUCAGUCGCGCUCCACAGGAACCCGGCGUAUAUAUUGUUUUCGGACCCUCAGACACUUAAUAAGUGGGGUUUCCUCUACAUUCAAUUCCGCGCCUCCGCUUACUACUUCAUCAUUCCUGUCCUCGGAUACACCAUCGUGAAGUCUAUAUUCAUUGCAUUUGCCCAGAACUCCGGCAUUGUUCAGGCUAUCGCAUUCCUCCUCAUUGAGGCCGCCGCCCUCAUUGCAUCCGCGGUAUUACGACCUUGGAUGGAUAAGAAGACUAAUUCCUUCAACAUUGCUAUCGCAGUUGUCAAUUUCAUAAACGCUAUCUUCCUCCUUAUCUUCACCGACGUAUUUGACCAGCCUGGAAUUGUUACCGGUGUCGUCGGUGUCGUGCUGUGGAUCUUGAACGCGGUUUGCACAUUAAUUCUCCUGCUCAUGUUAAUUAUCACUACUGGCAUUGUCAUCUUCAAAAGCAAUCCAGAUGGCCGCUACAAAUUUAUGUCCGACGAUCGUACUUCUUUUAUGAAGUCUCAGAGUCAACUCGCUACUUCAACCGAGCUCGAUGCUCUAGCUGUGACUGCCCGAGGUGAAAAGCCGGGAUAUUCAUCUGCUCUUGACCUGGAUGACGAUGGAGACUCCAACCCUCGCGAUUCAUUAUUCCGGGGGCAAAGCUCGAUAGCUAAUUCGACAGCUAAUAACUCCCAUCACGCCCCUUCCCAUUUCGCCGCGCCUCACUCACCUAUCGACCCGAUCAACAGGACUGCCAGCCCGUACAACGGGUCGGUGUCUUCAAUAUCGCGUUCUCAGAAUAGUUCCAGCCCGGCUGGCUUUAAGCCACCCGCUAGCCCAAGGUAA